AUGAAAAGAAAACCAAUCACGUCAUCCUCUGCCAGCAAGAAGGCGAAAACUACCAAUACAGAACAGCAACCAAUAAUCAUUUCAUCACAAGAUUCGAAUAAUGAAGAAUCGAACAAUGAUCAAUAUUAUGAUCCGGAUACUAUCUUUCUAUUAGAUUCCAAUGGUGAGUUUGUGAUAAUCCCCGAUGACCAAGAACCAAUUUCAUCAGAAGAAACAGAAGAAACUAAUUUAUUAGUUUCAUCAUCGCAAUCACCACCUUUUGAUUAUUCGAUUUAUACUAGUAUCGAUCAAUUUCUAAUAAUUCCCACACACAACUUGAUAAAGGAAAUUCCACACGAAAUUAUCGCAAAUUGGAUGUUCUACAUGGACAAACAAACUCUUUUCAAUUUCAUUAGAGUUUCUCGAGAAGUUUACAAUAUAUUUGAUGAAAUUUAUGCAGAGAGUGUGGAAAGAUUGAGAUUGGAAAUUUUAAAUAACAAGAGAAAGAGUAGUGAUUUGAAUCGAUUAUUGGAUUUGUUUUCGAAUGAAAGUCGAGAGAGAAGUGGUGAGAAAGUUAUGCUGACCUAUGAUGACUAUUUCAGAAUGAGAAGUUUUACACCGUGGCCUUUGAGUUAUUUUCAUGAUAGGACUCGGUUUGAGAGUGUUGUGAAUGAAAAUGAUCCUCAAAUUAAAGUUAUUAAUGAAAAGGCAGAUGAACAGAUGGCACGUCUAUUAGAAAUGAAUAAUGAACAAAUGAACAAAGAAACUGCUCAAUAUGAAAAGGUAUUGCCAUAUGGAGUUUUUCCAAGAAAAGACAUUUACUAUUUGACUUUUAAUCAAUUGGUAAAGAGAAAGUGUGUCAAAAAUCUGAAAGAAGACUUGUACAUGUAUACAGAUCAAGCAUAUAAAAUUGAAAGAGUGAUAACAAGUGAUUUAUAUGCAAAUGAGGAGAAGAAAUAUAGUGUGGAUUAUCAUACAUAUGUGGAUAAACACAGUCAUCCAACAACUGUAUAUAUUGAGAGAAUUGUUCGGUUUUUCAAACAUCCAAAUGAAAUGACAUUCUCUGACUUUGAUAAUAGAUUCAAGAAUAAUUUUCUUAGUGAACUAGCAAGAAUAUUAGUAUAUGAUUGUGUAUUUGAAUAUAACAAAUCAACCAAGACAAGAGAAAGAUUUGUUGUAUCUGGUGGAUCACUGCUUCACACUCUUACUGGAUGUGGCUGUCAAGAUAUUGACAUUUUUAUUAUCAAUAAUCAAGAACCCGAUGAAAUUGUCAAUCAAGCAAUCAAACAGGUUUUAUUGAAAUUUGAAGAAAAAACCUCAAACUUUACCUAUAAUAUAAUGGGUUCAAAAACUACUAUUAAUAUUUGUGAAGAAAGACCUAAAAUGAGUAUUGCAAAUGGUUAUAGAGUUGAGACCAAUCAGAAUAUUCAGAUUGUUCUUUUGAGAUAUGAUUCCAUUGAAGAGUUAUUACUAUUCUUUGAUUUGGAUUGCUGUAAAUUGGCAUUUGAUGGAAUUAGAGUUUACACAGUAUUGGAAUGUUUGAGAUCUUUAAAAUAUAAGAUUAACUUUCUUCCAAAACGGACAGGAAAUACAGAAAUCAACAGAGCUAGGGCUUUAAAAUACGGUUUUAGAGGUUUUUUUACUUUCACACUCGAUACAGAUCAUCCUCUCUCUCAUGCCAUGCAUUGUGACUUUGUUGUUGAGAAGCUCAGAAAAAAGAUAACAACAGAAUACAAAGAGACCCGAAUUGAUGAUAUUUACAAUGGUAGACGAAAUCCUACGACUCAGUUCUUUGUGCAACCAAAAGAUUUUAGCUUUGCAGCACCUAUGAAGGAAUCGUCAGAUCUCGAUGAAUCAAAUUACCUCUAUCCAUUGAUAUUGAGAAAUGUGGAUUAUCAUUUUGUUGAUUUGUGUAAAUCUAUUGGACUCGGUGCUGCAUUGUGGAAAUUGAAAAAAAACAUUUCGAGAGAACGUUCUUGUUACAUAUUUGAUUUCCUUCUCGAUGGAGAUACUAAAAGCAAGGCCCUAUUCACUUCUGAAUUGAAAUUAGAAAAUUCUGAAAGAAAGGGUGGUUCUGAAAUGUUAGAAAAGCUAAUUUCAUUAGAUGGCUACACAUUCUUAGAUAGACCUUCUGAACUUUUCAAAAACCUGCAACAAGAUUAUAAUCUCGUCAAAAACAAGUAUUCAUACUCUCACCUAGUUCAGAAAUAUAAUAUUGUGAAUUGUGCCAAAUGUUCCAACUAUAUUUAUUCAACACAAAUUGCAUCUCAAUUGAGGUUAAAGAAGAGACAACAUGACUCGUCCAUUGAAAUUCCAAAAUUUGACACAAUUAACGAAAAUAAUUUCAAUCCAGAAAUUCAUUUCUGUUGUGAUUCCUGUUUAAGGAAGGUGAAUGGCAUGAUAAAGUUUAGAGCUUUUAUCCAAUCAACAAGUUAUGGAGUUUCUGGAGCUGAAAAAGGAAUUGUAACUCUGUUAGUGGAACAAGAUCAGAAUUCAGGAAUUUCAAAGAGGAAAAUCUUUAUAUAUUUGGAAGGGGCUUAUGGACUGGAAGAAUUGCAAAUUGCAUUUUAUUCCUUACUGAAUUAUAGGAAAUAUAUUGAGUACAUUUCAGUGGAUGAUGAAAUUCAUGUAAAAUUGGCAAACACAACAAUUGUUUCGUCUGACUAUGAAGUUCUCUAUCCUCCAAAAACUUACCCUCCAAAAUUUGAUUGGAUGUUCAAUGGAUCAAUUGUUGAAAAAUACUUGAACACCCGAUUAGAUAAGAAUCGAUUAGAAUUGGCUGCUGAUAUCACUGAACAUUUCAUCACAGUUAGCCAACAUGAAUUAAACCUCUCCAUGUCUAUUCGAAAUGAUAUCCUAACCCGAUGGGAACAAAUCGAAGAAAGAAACAAGAAUGUCAUUGAUGAUGAUUUAAUUGCCUGUCCAAUUGAUUUAUUCAGCAGAGCUCAGGAUGUAAUUUUCAUCGAGAUGAAACAAGAUAAUUUUUCAAGAUUUGUCGAUUCUGAUAUUUUCAAAAAGUUUCUAAUAAGAGAAUUGAAGAAGAAUGAUCAUAUUUUGGAAUCUUUGGGCACGUGUAAAUUCAAUUCAAGAACUGGCUCUUUGGGAAGUUUAUCAUCUGAGGAUUUGAUGAAUAAUUUGACACCAGUUUCAUCUUCCAUUUCAUCUUCACCAUUACAUGCAAUUUCACAUUCACAACCAAAUAAUUCUAGUUUUUCUGGGAAUGUGAAUUUAACUCCAAGAAGUUCUCAAGAUAGUGAGAGUGAUUCACUCGAUGAGAAAAUUGCAACUUUCUAUGAGAAACAAAAUGAUUCGAAUGAAAGUUUACUCUUGCCAAUUAUUGAUGAUAUGAGUCCAUAUAUAACUCCAAAAGAUUAUGAUUUGGGAAUGAAACUUGUAAAUUCAUUGAAUGAUUCGAAUAUGUGGAAAACUAUUGAUGAAAAAGUUGGACUCAAGACACUUGUCAGUAAUCCUGUUUUUAGUUUUUCUCCAAGAAAGAGUGAAAGUGGGAAGAUAAUUGUCUGCAAUUCUGGAAUUCUCACUGGUAAACCAAGAGAUUGGUUGAAUUUGUUAUUCUCUGAUUCUAUCAAUAAGAUGAUUCAUGAAAAGAUGAAGAAGAGAUUCCAAGUUGACUAUAUCAAAAUUAAUCCAAAGAAUGGAGCUCACUACCCAAACACAAUAGUAUACACUGAAGCUCAAUUUCCAUUUCCAUUGACUAAUAGAGAUUUCAUCUUUUGUAGAAGUGUAAUUCCAGAUCUUUACAAUGAAACUACUGGAGAAUAUGACAGAUAUGUCUUUAUUCAAAAACCAACUCAACAUCACGAAUAUCCAGCCAGAAACUCACCAAUCAGAGCACUCCACUACAUUUUCUACAUUGUUGAAAAGAAGACUCAAUCCAGUGUUAAAUAUUCAGUAUUCGAAACUGGAGAUCUCUCCGGCAAAAUUCCACCAAAGAUUGUUUCAAGCUUUUUCAAGACUAUUGCUAAUGCCAUGCACAAGAAAGUCAUCAAAGCAUGUGAAAAGAUCUAUAACGAAGAAAUCGUUUCCAAAGAUGCUGAUGGCGCCCUAUCAACCCUCACUGAAAUGCUCAAAUAUUUGGAACAUGAAAGAGCUAACAAGUCAAACUCAACAAUAGCUGAAAAACAUUAA